AUGACCUCCUCCACAGCCAAACAGACAGCACCACUCACGCGUGAGAUGCAGUGCGCAUACCGCAGCAAAUUCUGCGAUGCACCUCGUGCAACCAAAUUGGAUGGAACGUUGCACAAAUUGUGCGACUUUCACCGUCACAAGGCCAAUGCCAAUCAACAACGUCUGCACAAGCGCAAGAAACACAUUCUUGAACAACAAGCUGCCGCUGGAUUGAGUAUCAUCGUUCCACAAACGCCCAAGAAUGGAAGGUGCAACGUAAAGCGCGCACGCACUAGCCUCGAUAGUCCACAAAGCACGACUGAACCUAUUGAUGGCCUUACAUUUCAGAGUAACUUUGAUGUGCUUGAGGUGCGGAUCCUCGAGGUGCUACUUUUUGGUGCCGACUGCGUGAAUACACGGCAACCAGCAGACUCGUCGGUCAAGGAAUACGACGGGCAUGACCCCAUUUCUCCCACAACUCCUACGGUUCAAGAUACCUGGUCCGUGACACUCUGA